GGGGCGGCUCUUAAAGGGGCCGCGGCGCGGCCUGGCCCGGGCGGAGCCGGCGGGUCCCGCGGCCGCAUGAGCCGUGCGCGGGGGGCGCUGUGCCGGGCCUGCCUCGCGCUGGCCGCGGCCCUGGCCGCGCUGCUGCUGCUGCCGCUGCCGCUGCCGCUGCCGCUGCCCCGCGCGCCGGCCCCGACCCCGGGCCCCGGCCCGCGCGCGCCCCCCGCCCGACUCGCCACCGCCCCCCGCUUGCGGCCGGACGAUGUCUUCAUCGCGGUCAAGACCACCCAGAAGAACCACGGGCCACGCCUCGGGCUGCUGCUGCGCACCUGGAUCUCCCGGGCCCGCCAGCAGACAUUCAUCUUCACCGAUGGGGAUGACCCUGAGCUACAGCUCCAGGGAGGCAGCCACGUAAUCAACACUAACUGCUCAGCCGUGCAUACCCGUCAGGCGCUAUGCUGUAAGAUGGCAGUGGAGUACGACAAGUUCAUCGAGUCCGGACGCAAGUAUGUGGUGGCCGUGCCCCUGUGUCCCCUUGGAGAGCCCAGGGCUGAGGCUGGGCCCACACACCCGGGCCAGGGGGGUGGAGGCCCCCAACUGUGCCAGCCCCUCACUCGUGAGAGUUCCCCCACGGCCCCCAGGUGGUUCUGCCAUGUGGAUGACGACAACUACGUGAACCCCGAAGGCCUGCUCCAGCUGCUGUCCACUUUCUCGCCCAGCCAGGAUGUCUACCUGGGGCGGCCCAGCCUCGACCACCCCAUUGAGGCCGCCGAGAGAGUCCAGGGGGGCGGAACUGUGACCACUGUCAAGUUCUGGUUCGCUACCGGUGGGGCCGGGUUCUGCCUGAGCAGAGGGCUCGCUCUGAAGAUGAGCCCCUGGGCCGGCCUGGGCAGCUUCAUGAGCACUGCUGAGCGGGUGCGGCUGCCGGACGACUGCACGGUGGGCUACAUCGUGGAGGGGCUGCUGGGUGCUCGGCUGCUGCCUAGCUCACUCUUCCACUCCCACCUGGAGAACCUGCAGAGGCUGCCGCCUGACGCCGUGCUACAGCAGGUCACCCUGAGCUACGGGGGUCCUGAGAACCCACGUAACGUGGUGAAUGUGGCAGGAGGCUUCAGCCUGCAGCAGGAUCCCACUCGGUUUAAGUCUGUCCACUGCCUUCUCUACCCGGACACAGACUGGUGUCCCAUGCACAAGCAGAGUGACCUCGUCUCUCGGUGACCCUCGAUUCCUAACCCAUGGAGCAGGAACUAUGCUGACCCCUCCUGGCCUUGGCUCUCUCAGGUGGUCACGGCCACAUCCAGGGCCACAGCCACAUGUGGGCGCCGUGCAGGCCUCCCCCAGAUCCCCUGGCGGGCCAGGUGACCAGGGGUCCAGGCUGUGCCACGUGCGGGCUGCCCCGGAAAGUGGGAAGGGGAGACACUGCCCCUCCCCCCAGCCCAGCCCUGAGGGCUUGCUCCCACGGGAAGGGGCCUGGGAGGAGGCUGGCCUACGGCACCCAGGGCUCCGUCCUGCCCUCCUCCCCGGGCUGGAGAGGGAGUUCCAGGCCAGGGUCACAUGCGGGACCCUUCAUCUGACCACGGGCCAGCGUGGAGGCUUUUCUUGCAGGGCCCUGGGGGAAUGCCCUCCGCACACCAGGCUCGGUGCCCAGCAAGGGCACCGUGGUCUCAGGGCGGCUGCAGUAAGGACUCCGGCCGUGCUCGGGGCACAGCUUACUUCUUGCCAGGACAUCUCCAUCCGGAGGCCAUUUCCUCGGGGGGGGGGGGGGGGGGGCUCUUGGCCGAGGCCUUAUUUCUGCACUCUGACUCCCCAUGUAGUACUUUUCCUCCCCUCCCCUCCCCCCAAGCCCGGCCAAGUCCAGAAAGCUGGAGCCUCUUGUCUGGGGUCCGUCUGCAGCACGGCAGCCCCUCCCCAGCAGAUGACACCCCCGACUGUGCCUUUUCUGGAGGAGAGAGUGGAACCAGGAGCUGGCACUUCCGUUCCGGCCCCUUGCUGUGCUGUUGCCAUAAGUGAAUAAAGGCUUGAUCUUCA